AUGCAGAACGAUAAGGAAGGCAGGAUGAUGACAAAACGCAAGACCAGAAGUUCUUCCAAAUUAAUGGAUGAAUCUCGAGGAAAGAAAGGUAGCACUGAAGAUGGUGUGAUCCAGACUGAUGGUGAUUUGCAGGCAGAUUGGAAUGACUUAGUUUGGAAAGGCCGUACCAGAUUUUCUUACUUACAAUUCGACAAGAAGGGUGAAACAAAGUUUACACUUCCAACACUUCUCAAGUACACUAGAGAGGAAGUGAACCUUGCCCACUACAUAUUUGCGAAGGAUCUUCCACAAAAGGAAGUCCUGGUUGAAAUCAUGAUGCAAUCCUAUACACAAAAGGUGUUGUGA